GGGAAGAGCUUCUCCUGUACUGAGUGCGGGAAAUGUUUCCCUUCUAAAUUCCAUCUUAAUGAGCAUAACAGAUCUCACACAGGGGAGAAACCAUAUUCCUGUCCUGAGUGUGGGAAAUUUUUUUCACAAAAGCAUAAAAUAUCUCAUACAGCUGAGAAGCCAUAUUCCUGUCCUGAGUGCGGGAAAUGUUUUUUACGAAGAUCAGAUCUUGUCAAACAUCAAAGGACUCACAUGGGUAAGAAGCCAUUUUCCUGUCCUGAGUGCGGGAAAUGUUUUUCAGAGUCAUCCAGUCUUCACAGACAUCAGAGAUCUCACACAGGGGAGAAGCCGUAUUCCUGUUCCGAGUGUGGGAAAUGUUUUUCAGAGAAGUUCAGUCUGCACAAACAUCAAAGAUCUCACACAAAGGAGAAGCCAUUUUCCUGUCCUGAGUGCGGGAAAUGUUUUUCACAAAAAUACCAUCUUUACACACAUCAGAGAUCUCACACAGGGGAGAAGCCGUAUUCCUGUCCCGAGUGCGGGAAGUUUUUUUCACAAAAAUACCAUCUUUACACCCAUCAGAGAUCUCACACAGGGGAGAAGCCGUAUUCCUGUCCUGAGUGUGGGAAAUGUUUUUCACACAAGUCCAGUCUUUACACUCAUCAGAGAACUCACACGGGGAGGAAGAGCUUCUCCUGUACUGAGUGUGGGAAGUGGUUCUAUUAUAAAUACCAUCUUAAUGUGCAUAAAAGAUCUCACACGGGGGAGAAGCCGUAUCCCUGUCCUGAGUGCGGGAAAUGUUUCAGCUUGAAAUAUUGCCUUAUUGUCCAUAUAAGAUCUCACACAGGAGAGAAGCCAUAUUCCUGUCUUGAGUGCGGGAAAUGUUUCUGUUCUAAGUAUGGUCUUAAUGUCCACAUACGAUCUCACACAGGAGAAAAGCCAUAUUCCUGUUCUGAGUGUGAAAAAUGUUUUAUACUUAAAUCAGAUCUUGUCACACAUCAAAGGCUUCACACGGGGGAAAAACCAUACUCAUGUUCUGAGUGCGGGAAAUGUUUUUCAAACAAGUCCUUUUAUCACAGACAUCAGAGGUUUCACACUGGUGAAAAGCCAUAUUCCUGUCCUGAGUGCGGGAAAAGUUUUUCACAAAAGUCUGAUCUUUACAGACAUCAGAGAUCUCACACUGGGGAGAAGCCACUUUCUUGUCCUGAGUGUGGGAAAUGUUUUUCAGAGAAGUCAAGUCUUUACAAGCAUCAGAGAUCUCACACGGGGGAGAAGCCAUUUUCUUGUUCUGAGUGCGGGAAAUGUUUUUCAUGUAAGUCCAGUCUUUACAGACAUCAGAGAUCUCACACGGGAGAGAAACCACUUUCCUGUCCUGAGUGCGGGAAAUGUUUUUCACGUAAGUCCAGUCUUUACAUGCAUCAACGAUCUCACACGGGCGAGAAGCCAUAUUCCUGUUCUGAGUGCGGGAAAUGUUUUUCAUGUAAGUCCAGUUUUUACAGACAUCAGAGAUUGCACACUGGGAAGAAGCCACUUUCCUCUCCUGAGUGA